AUGCUGAUGGAUCCAUUGUUUCAUUUGUCAGAUGAGCGAACGUUUACCGAAAUGUUCAUUGUUCCACCAAAAGGCGCUACAGAUCCACUUACGGUGACGAGAUGUGGCCGAACGGUAGUUUCCAUCCCACAUGAAGAAGCUGAUGGACGCAACCCACACGGUUCGUUUCGGGACUAUAUGCUGCUGAGUGCCAGUCUGGAGUCGUUUCAUGAUGUGGUCGAUUCGCGCUUAUCCACCCGACUUGUAGCAAAAUCCGCAGCUUUCUGGCAGAUGGUUCAUAGCUAUGGUGGACUUCAUGAAGAGCUAGCUGACGCGAUGGCUGAUAUUAGGAAAGUACGAUCCAAUUUACAAGCCGUGGCUAAUUUGGUUUGUGAAAGG